AUGGUUAUAUUUCUGGUCAAAAGGGGAGACGAAAAUCAGUUCCUUUACGAAACUAACGUCGACAAGUCCGUCGAUGAAGUGGUCAAAGAUAUUGCGGCGAUAUUCAACGGGAGACUUAAGGUGACACGAAUUUGUUAUGAGAUUGAGGAGCUGAUGAAGCACGGCACAUUUCUGCCGUUGGAGAUGCAGGGAUUGACUGAAGAACAGAUAAAAGAACUAAAGCUUGAGGAUCCUUGGGCGAAGCGGUGCGCGCCGCAAGAUUACGUCUUACAAAAGGACGAGAUGGGGCGACGCUGCGGCUUAGCGCCGCCGUCUCAUUUGCAACAAGUCUUGAGAAAGGCUGCUGAGACGGCAAAGGACAUGAUAAGCAAGAAACGGGUGGACCUUCGCGAAUGCCUCACUCAAAAGGACGUAGCGAGGGCGCUUGAUGAACUCCGCGGGGCAACGAAGAUAGUAUUCCCCGCUGGACUGCCACCGCACGAUCCUGUACGCAUGGAGUUGGAUAAUGUUGAAGAUUUGACAGGAACGCAAGCGGCCAAAGAGGUCAUCGACCCCUCCAGAGCCUGCAUCUGGGCUUGUGGUAAGAAGUUCAUCGCCGGCAAUAAGCUGAGCGAUCAUUUGGGUAAAAACGACAAAACCAAAGUAACCGUCAAACUCUGUACCAAUUCUGAGGGAGCUCCAGGUAGAGAACCGAUCAUGAGCGAAGAUGAGAGGAAGCAGCUGAUGCUACACGCAUACCGGAAGCAGGAGGAGUGGAAGAAACUGGAGCAAGACGAUGACGACAGCUAUUUGGACUCGAAGUGGGCUGACGGGAGGAAUCUGAAGAGGCAGUUCCACGGUUUGAACGACAUCGCAUGGAGACCAGGAAAGAAA